AUGGGACUCCUUUCGAUGAUUUACGCAGAUAUUGAGCGCAGCGCCAAAGUGCCCCCAUUCUGUGGCUGCUUCCUGCGGCAGGAGCGUGAAGAUCCCACACGGAGGUACAUUAUUGAUCAGUGUCGAUGUGGGGAGGAGCACUGUGAUGUGUGUGAGUGGUCUUGGGAUGCGAAUAUCCCACAUCCGGACAGCCACAUAAACAACAGGCUUGUAAACUUCCACCCGGUCUACAGUCAAGGCACAGCCAUGGUACGUGGCACAGAGCCUUUGCGAAUGGGGAUGUGUCACUACUGGGAGAUAAAGAUGAUGUCACCAGUUUCGGGUACGGACAUGAUGGUUGGCGUGGGGACGGAUAAAGUUGACCUGACAUCGCAUCAGUAUACCUUCGGCAGCACCCUUGGGCUCGAUGAGCACUCCUGGGGCUACUCGUACCGCGGUGUUGUCCUCCACAGUGGCCGAAGUUACUUCUUCGGCAAGAAAUUCACUCAGGGCUCCAUUGUGGGUGUGCUGCUGAACCUCCGUCGGGGCACAAUGGAGUUGUACAUUAAUCGCGUGCCCCAGGGUCAGGCUUUCCAUGAUCUCCCCACAGACCCGAAUGUCAAACUCUACCCAAUGCUCAGCUCCACGGCGGCCAAGUCGCAAAUGAAGCUCCUCAAUGCGGUGUCCUUUGAGGAGAACCUCCAGUACCACGCCAUGAGGACCAUCUACCGCCAUCCGCAACUCCUUGCUGAGCUCCAAACCUACCCCAUGUUCGACAUCAUCGUCAAGCGCUUCUGGUUCCUCCGGCAGACGGACGAUGCCUACAACACAGACACCAUCGAUCGCAUCUCAAAGCGACAGCAGCAACCACCGGAGAACCUCGAGAAUGCCGUCCUACUGAAGAAUCUCGGUGAGGGCACAUCCAAAGCAACCAAAGAUGAGACUGAAUACGAAGUGACUGAUGAUGUUUAUGGGAAUUUAGAGAUUACGCACAAAGAAAAGGAAACAUCUUGCAAUUCUUCCGAUGAUGAUCUUGAUUGCUAUGAAUUCUUCUGCAAUCACGGGCGAUAGGCGCCAGGAGCUAGGUGCUGAUCAGAAGGAUCAGAAAUGCAGAGAUUUAUAUUUUUUUACGUGGAAAAUAAAAAGAAAAUGAAUUUUGGAAUGAAAAA